AUGGACGGUCAUUAUCAUCAAGAACCGCAGUUUCAAAGUGCUGUUGCUAAGAAAUAUGUUUCGCAAAGAAGAACCGUUGAUAUGAGUUCACCUUACACUAGGGCAUAUUAUUUGAAGAAAUACGGCCUAGCUACGCCGACAAUUCAACCAGAAACAAGUUAUGUGGCUGAUAUCUUGCCUCCAGAUGUUUACCAGUCUACUGACAGGAUAAUUAACGUUCCCAAUAAGUUCACGCACUUAAGUUCGAAUAAAGUGAAACAUGUCAUUCCAGCAAUUACAUGGACUCCAGAAGGUAGGAGAUUGGUUGUUGCCACUUAUAGUGGUGAGUUUUCGCUUUGGAGUGGUUCUUCCUUCAAUUUCGAAAGUAUCAUGCAAGCACACGAUACUUCGGUCACCGCAAUGGAGUACUCGCAUGCAGGUGAUUGGAUGAUUAGUGGUGAUGCAGAUGGCACAAUUAAGAUUUGGCAACCUAAUUUUAAUAUGGUGAAGGAACUAGACAAGGCCCAUACAGAGUGCAUCAGGGACAUUGCAUUUAGUAAAAACGAUUCAAAAUUCGUUACAUGUUCAGAUGAUAAUAUUUUGAAGAUAUGGAACUUCAGUAAUGGUAAGCAAGAAAGAACGCUGUCUGGACAUCAUUGGGAUGUUAAAAGUUGUGAUUGGCAUCCAGAAAUGGGAUUGAUUGUAUCGGCGUCAAAGGAUAAUUUAAUAAAAUUAUGGGACCCAAGAUCAGGACAAUGUGUAUCUACUUUAUUAAACUUUAAACAUACAGUGCUAAAAACAAAAUUUCAACCUACUAAAGGUAAUCUACUGGCAGCUAUCUCUAAAGAUAAAUCUUGUAGAGUAUUUGAUAUAAGGUACCAUAUGAAAGAGUUAACAGUGAUAAGAGAUGAGGUUGACUAUAUGACACUUUUAUGGCAUCCAACGAAUGAAUCUAUGUUUACAAUUGCAUCGUAUGAUGGUGCUAUCAAACAUUUUGAUAUUCUGCAAAACUUAGAAGAACCUCAGCAAGUAAUACCUUAUGCGCAUGACAAAUGCAUAACUUCUUUAUCCUAUAAUCCCGUUGGUCAUAUAUUAGCAAGUGCUGCCAAGGACAGAACAAUUAGAUUUUGGACUAGAGCAAGACCUGUUGAUCCUAAUGCAUAUGACGAUCCUACAUACAAUAACAAUAAAAUCAACGGCUGGUUUUAUGGUAUUAACAAUUGUAUAAACGCUGUCAGAGAAAAAAGUGAAUUUGGUGCAGCCCCUCCUCCCACUGAUGGUAAUGAUAAUUUUUCAACGAUGUCAAAUUCCACAGCAACCAUGUCUCAAACUUCGAAUGCAAUUAAUCAAGCAGAUGAUUCUCGUCUUCCAGGGUUUAGCUUACCUGGUUUGGGUAAUUAG